AUGGAGCCCGAUCAAGCGCCUCCGGCACCAGCUCCCCGUCCAAGGCCUUUCCCGUGCGUUGGAAAUCCACCUGGACCACGAUGUGGACACACUUUGACAGCAAUUUCUGGUCCGGAGGGAGAGUUCUCUGCAGCCAAGCUCGUUAUGUUUGGGGGAGCCACAGCUUUGGAAGGGUCACAGAGGACAGAUGGAGGCCCCCCAGCAUCUCCAGGAGCUCCCUCUGGUUCAGGCAUAAGAUUGGCGGGAGCCACGAGUGACGUACACAUCAUGGAUGUGAGGAGCGGGAAGUGGGAACAGGUGGUGCCACAAGGGGAUCCGCCGUCGCCGCGAGCCGCGCAUGCAGCUGCUGCCGUGGGCAGCAUGGUGGUCAUUCAGGGUGGCAUUGGGCCGGCAGGGCUCGCCUCCGAAGACCUGCACGUCCUUGACUUCACCGAAUUUGACCGCCCCCGGUGGCACAGGCACGAUUUCACAGCCCCACACCGCAUGGUGAUGGUGCAGGGCCCGGGGCCGAGUGCACGGUAUGCGCACACACUGGCACUGGUGGCCAACCGCUUCCUGGUGGCCAUGGGCGGCAAUGACGGCAAGCAGACACUGGCGGACGCCUGGGCGCUGGACACCUCUGACAAGCCCUACCAGUGGCGCAAGAUCACUGACGCUGGUGACACACCCAAUGCCAGGAUGUACGCAACAGCAGCCGCGAGGUCAGACGGGCUGCUGCUGUUGUGCGGCGGGCGCGAUGCGGAGGGCGUUCCCUUGGGCGAUGCCUAUGGCCUAGCCAGGCAUAGGGAUGGACGCUGGGAGUGGGCCGCAGCCCCAGCAGGCAACAUGCCGACGGCACGGUAUCAGCAUGGGGCGGUGUUUGUGGGGGCGCGGCUGCACAUCUCUGGGGGCGCUGUGGGCGGCGGCCGCAUGGUGGACGACCAGUCUUCCAUCGUGGUGCUGGACACAGCUGCUGGCACCUGGUGCACGCAGGCCGAGCCCUCUGCCAUGAACGGCGUGGCCGAUGACGGCGCCGAUGACUGGGCUCGCAGCCGGUGCAGGCAUGCAGUGGCAGCGGUUGGGCAGUACGUGUUCACAUACGGUGGGCUGAGAGGCAGCGCACUAUUAGACGACUUCCUGCUUGCAGAUGACAGCAGCGGAUCAGAGCUGUCCAUCUGCGACCCACGCUCAGGCGCCUGGCGGCAAUGGCUAGAUGCUGCGCAUGGGACGACGGCCGGGGCAGAGAUGCUGGCUGCGGCGGCGGCUGAGGAGGCAGCUGCGGCUGCUGCACUUGGCGUGAGGAGGGUGGGAGCUGUAGAGGACUUGCGCUGCCUGGACGAAAAUCUGGACAGUGUAGGGCGCAGGAUGGCGGGGAGGCCAGAGGAGGACUUGUCCAACUCCAGGGGUGGCUCUCCCAGCCUGUCUCUGCAUCAGCGAGGCUUGGACCCACGGACGCCGCCGACUCCCGACGUCAGACUGUACCACAGAGCAGUUGUGGUGGCACAGGCAACGGUGCUGCUGCAGGAGGGCACGGGAUCCUUGAGGGGCUUGGUACGGCAGCUCAGCAUAGAUCAAUUCGAGAACGAGGGGCGCAGAGUGAUGGGGGCCGAGAGUGCAGUCAAGCUUCCAGCAGACGGCCGUACACCCAUCUUCACCCACAGCAUGGAUCCUGGCAGCAUACAUAAGACUGUGUUGCGAGAAUUGCUGAACCCGCGGCAGUGGAAGCCGCCGGAGGACCGCAGCUUCAUCCUGGAUGGGGACCAGAUCAACACGCUGUGCGACCAGGCCGAGCGCGUCUUCCAGCAGGAAGCCUCCGUGCUGCGCCUCAGAGCGCCUGUGAAGAUCUUUGGGGACCUGCAUGGUCAGUUUGGGGAUCUGAUGCGGCUCUUUGAGGAGUAUGGGACGCCCUCCACGGCGGGGGAUAUAACCUACAUCGACUACCUGUUCCUGGGGGACUACGUCGACCGCGGUGCACACUCCCUGGAAACCAUCUGCCUGCUGCUAGCGCUCAAGAUUGAGCACCCCAAAUCUGUGCACCUCAUACGCGGCAACCACGAGGCAAGCACCUCCUUUGCUCAUCAUGGGUGGUGUGCACACGCUCAGGCGGCCGACAUAAACGCGCUGUUUGGGUUCCGACUGGAGUGCAUAGAGCGCAUGGGGGACCAGCAGGGGCUGUGGGCCUGGCAGCGCCUGAACAGCCUCUUCAACUGGCUGCCGCUAGCAGCCCUCAUCGAAGACCGCAUCAUCUGCAUGCACGGCGGCAUCGGGCGUUCGAUCAGCCGGGUGGAUCAGAUUGACGUUCUACAGCGGCCGCUGAGCAUGGAGGACGGGGGUGUGGUGCUGAUGGACCUGCUGUGGAGCGACCCCACCACCAACGAUGGCGUGGAGGGCGUGCAGCCGUCGCCGCGCGGGCCCGGCCUGGUCACAUUCGGCCCCGACCGCGUCAAGGAGUUCUGCAAGAUGAAUGGGCUGCAGAUGAUUGUGCGCGCGCACGAGUGCGUGAUGGACGGCUUCGAGCGCUUUGCGCAGGGCCACCUCAUCACCCUCUUUUCCGCCACCAACUACUGCGGCACUGCCAAUAAUGCCGGCGCCAUCCUGGUGCUGGGUCGGGAUUUGGUGAUGGUGCCCAAGUUGAUCCACCCGCUGCCGCCCAACACGCCGCACACGCCCAAGUCCAGCGAUGCAGAUGAUGUGGAAGAGGAGCCCAACACGCCCCACCCCAUGACAGACACCUGGAUGGCAGCCAUCAAUGAGGAGCGGCCCCCAACGCCGCCGCGCGGCCGCCCCAGCAAUGGGCCCAACCUUGCUUUCUUUGAGUAG